AUGGCCGAUCCAGCGCAAGUUCAAGGAGCAGGAGGGGGUGAAGGGUCACCUCAGACGAAACCGGUUGAAAAUGUACCACAACAGGCAAAACCAGAAGAAGUUAAAGUAGAAGAUAAGCCAGAAGAACAGAUUAAACAAGAAGUGAAUGAAGAAACUCCUACAGAGAUUCAAACAAACGUAUCUGACGCAGUACAAAAAGAAGAAGUGGUAGAGAAUACAGAAACUACCUCAAUAGAUGCAGUGGCUAAAGAAUCAGAUAAUGACGUUACUAAAGAAGAAGAUAAGCCAAAAGAAUCUGCUAGCGCAGAAAAUUGGGAACAAAGAGAACAAGAGCUUCUGAAGAAAAUCGAAGAAUUGGAAAAAGUAAAAAACGAAAGAAGUGAAGAUGGCCUUAAGUUGGAAUUGAAAGUACGUGAGGAAGAAAUAGAUUUACUUAAAGCUAGAGUGAAGAAUUUGGAAACGGAGCUGCAGGCGGCUUUGUCUAAGCCGGGGGGAAAGAACCAAGAGUUGAUUGAUAAGAUCAAACUCCAACACGAAGAGUUGCUGGGCAAAGCUCGCGGUAUGAUCUUUGACAAGACCAAAAUGGUAAAGAACCAAGAGUUACAGAUCGAGGCGCUCACGACGCAAGUGCAGUCUUUGAAAGACAUUAACCAAAUUACGAAAGACUUGCUCGAGAUAAGGAACUCGGAAGUUAAAGCGAUGGAAGAACGUUUCCAAGCGAUGGAGUCUCGAUUCAAAGGGGAGAAGGAGAGAUACGAUCUGGUGUUGAAGCGCGCUCAGACCAGCACGAACAUUAACGACGACCUCCGCAAGGAAUAUGAAACUCAACUUGCUAUAUUCAAGGAAUUACGAGAAAAGUACGAGUUACGAGUCCAGGCGCUAGUGGCCGAGAACAACCGGCUCAAGGAGUCCAUGCAAGGAGGAGCUCCCGCAGCUCCCUCCUCCACAGGA